AUGUCUCAUAUACAUAUGAUCAAGAAAUUACAGGCCAAAGGAAACAGUGGGAAAGGGGAAAUUUUUCAAAGAGUGAUGUUUGGAAGAGCUGAAAUCCUUGAAAUCAAAGAUUUUCGCCUCAGGAAGAUUCAGGAAAAUAUACAUGACUUUGAUUGUCUGUGGACAUACGAUGAAAGAAAUGACAAGGAAAUGUCUAUAUCCUAUAACAAAAAUCUCACUGAUGGAAGAGAUCAUCAUAGUAGAAGUGAUGCAGAAAAUGGACCUUUUGAAAGGCACGGAUCAAGCUUUCAGGAUGAAUUGCAGAUGGUACAAUCUGAAGGGAUAAUUUUUGAAUGUAGUCAAGUUGUGACAAACGUCAGCACCUCAGGUUUACCACCUCACAGAACUUGUAAUGUCUGCAAAGGCUUUUCUCAUAAACAUGAGAAUGCUGUUAUGUAUCCUUCAAAACUGUUCCAAGACCAUGAAACACACAAAAAAAGACCUUACAAAUAUAAUGAAUGUGACAUAACCUUUCUUCAGGACUCAGAACUCACUGGACAUCAAAGAAUCCAUACAGGAGGAAAUCCAUAUAAAUGUGACGUGUGUAGCAAGGCUUUUGAUCAAACUACCAAACUUGCCAUUCACUGGAGAAUUCAUACUGGAGAGAAACCACAUAAAUGUGAUGUAGGUGACAAGGCUUUUAUUCAAAUUGGAAACCUUGCAGUUCAUCAGAAUAUUCAUCCUGGAGAGAAACGAUAUAAAUGUGAUGUGUGUGGUCACUGCUUUAAACAAAGUACACACCUUGAAACUCAUCAGAGAACUCAUACUGGAGUGAAACCAUCUAAAUGUGAUGUUUCUGGAAAAGCUUUUAGUCAAAAUGCAAGCCAUGCAGUUCAUCAGAGACUUCAUACUGGGAAAAAACCAUAUAAAUGUGAUGUAUGUGGCCUAUGCUUUAGUCAGAACUCAGAACUUGAAGUUCAUCAGAGAACUCAUAAAGGAGAGAAACCAUAUAAAUGUGAUGAAUGUUGCAAAGGCUUUAGUGAAAUUUCAAGCCUUGCAGUUCAUUGGAGAGUUCAUACUGGAGAGAAACCGUAUAAAUGUGAUGUGUGCGGCAAGUCAUUUAAUCGUACUGGCAAACUUGCUGUUCAUCGGAGAGUUCAUACUGGAGAGAAACCAUAUAAGUGUGAUGUAUGUGGCAAGGCCUUUAUUCAAACAACAGGCCUUGCUGUUCAUCAGAGAAUUCACACUGGAGAGAAACCAUAUAAAUGUGAUGUGUGUGGCAAGGCAUUUAAUUAUACUGGACACCUUGGAGUUCAUCGGAGAGUUCAUACUGGAGAGAAACCAUAUAAGUGUGAUGUGUGUGGCAAGGCAUUUAAUUAUACUGGAAGCCUUGCUGUUCAUCAGAGAGUUCAUACUGGAGAGAAACCAUAUAAUUGUGGUGUAUGUGGCAAGGCCUUUAAUCGAACUUCAAACCUUGCAGUUCAUCAGAGAGUUCAUACUGGAGAGAAACCAUAUAAUUGUGGUAUCUGUGGCAAGGCUUUCAGUGUAAGUUCAAGCCUCGCAGUUCAUCAGAGAGUUCAUACUGGAGAGAAACCAUAUAAAUGUGAUGUGUGUGCUAAGGCAUUUAGUCGUACUGGACAACUUGCUGUUCAUCGGAGAGUUCAUACUGGAGAGAAACCAUAUAAGUGUGAUGUAUGUGGCAAGGCCUUUAUUCAGGCAACAGGCCUUGCUCUUCAUCAGAGAGUUCAUACUGGAGAGAAACCCUAUAAAUGUGAUGUGUGUGGCAAGGCGUUUAGUCAUACUGGAAACCUUGCUUUUCAUCAGAGAGUUCAUACUGGAGAGAAACCCUAUAAAUGUGAUGUAUGUGGCAAGGCAUUUAGUAGAACUACAAGCCUUGCAGUUCAUCAGAGAAUUCAUACUGGAGAGAAACCAAAUAAAUGA